CCGGUUGCUGGGGAGUUCAGUUGCUAAGCUGCAGCCGAGGAGCAACCGGACUGUCAACAAGUUGUCCUCAGCGGCUGAGACGGAUUAUCUGCGCACUGUUUAACGUUUAAACAUUCACCUCUCCGUUCAGAUGGUUAACUGCGGUGGACGGACGGAGGUAAACUGACGGUGGAGGAGAGUCUACAGAGUAAAUAAGAAGCUGAUGUCGGUCCUCAGUGAUCCGGACUGAAUUCAUGCAUUAACCUCAGAAGUGUCCAGUCAUUCAAACGAAGCAGCCAGUCUCCCAGUGUGACCAGUAUGGCUGCGGCCAGCACCACCAAGAUCUCAUGGCGACUGCAGGAGUUCGAGGCUCACUCCAGCAGCGUUUCCUGUUUGGCUCUGGGGAAAAGCUCCGGCCGCCUGCUGGCCACAGGAGGAGAAGACUGCAGGGUGAACAUCUGGGCUGUGAGCAAGGCCAACUGCAUCAUGAGUCUGACUGGUCACAAGAACCCAGUAGAGUGUGUCCAGUUCAACAUGUCGGAGGAGCAGGUUGUCGCUGGUUCACAGUCUGGAUCGAUACGAGUUUGGGACCUGGAGGCCGCCAAGAUUUUAAGGACUCUGAUGGGACACAAAGCCAACAUCACCAGUCUGGGCUUCCAUCCGUUUGGAGACUUCCUGGCCUCCAGUUCCCUGGACACAAACAUCAAGCUGUGGGACGUGCGGAGGAAAGGAUAUGUGUUCAGGUAUAAGGGUCACACCCAGGCGGUGAGGAGUCUGGCCUUCAGUCCAGAUGGGAAGUGGUUGGCUUCAGCGAGUGACGACUGCACCGUCAAGCUGUGGGACCUGACUCAGGGGAAGACCAUCACCGAGUUCAGAUCUCACACUGCAGCUGUCAACAUCGUCCAGUUCCACCCCAACGAGUACCUGCUGGCAUCGGGCAGCUGCGACAGGACCAUCAAACUGUGGGAUCUGGAGAAAUUCACGAUGAUCGGCUCGUUGGAGGGAGACACGACUCCGGUCAGGUGUAUAUUUUUCAGUCCGGACGGCAGCUGUGUGUACAGCGGGGCCACAGACUCUCUGCGGGUCUUUGGCUGGGAGCCCGACCGCUGCUUCGACGUGGUGCCGGUGGGCUGGGGGAAAGUCUCUGACCUGGCAGUCUGCAACCAGCAGCUGAUCGGCGUGUCUCACCAGCUCUCCAGCGUCUCGUCCUACGUCGUCGACCUGAAGCGGGUGAAGAAGAGCGGCGGCUCCGUGAUCCAGGGAAUCAUCCAGGACAACCAGCCGCUCUCAGAGCCCAAGGAUCCUAAAGGAGUCGCACUGAGGAGGAACUACGAGAGACCCACAACCACCUGCAGCUCACAGAGGGUGAAGCAGAGGUCAGACGCUGAUAGGCGGAGCCCCGAAGGUGAGAGGCGGAGCCCCAGUGAGGAUGAGGCAGAUGAGAAACUGUCGUCAGCUGAGAUCCACAACGCUGAAGACUACAAGGAGAUCUUUCAACCCAAGAACGCCAUCUCUCGAACUCCUCCCAAGAUCUCCGAGCCUUUCCCUGCUCCUCCAGAAGACGAGACCAUAUUAGCGAUCAGCCAUCAGCUGAAGGACAUGAUUUCUCCGUUUCCUGACAAGCAGCAGGCUCCUCCUCAGGCCUCUUCUACUCCGGUCCAGAGGGUGGAGCCUACAGUGGUCUCCUGUGCGAAGCGUCCCGCCCCCUCAGCUGUGGGCCCUUUGUCCUCCGACCCCCCCACAUUCCGCCCCCCUCCCCCCCAGCCCCCCGUCACCACGGCCAAGUCUAAACCUCAACCUAAAAUCAUCCUGAGCACCAGGAACGAGCCCAUCGGACUGAAUGUGGCCGACUUCCUGCCUUCUUCCCCCAACAACAGACCUGGAGCUCUGAGCGACGAGGAGGCGCUGUCUCAGAUCAAGAAGGGUCACGACACCAUGUGUGUGAUGCUGAGCAGCCGACACAAGAACCUGGAGACGGUCCGAGCCGUGUGGGCCAGAGAGGACAUCAAGAGCGCUCUGGACACGGCUGUCUCCAUGAACGACCUGUCCAUUGUAGUGGACAUCCUCAACAUCAUCAACCUGCAGCCGUCGCUAUGGAAACUGGACCUUUGUACAUCGAUCCUUCCUCAGAUCGACAAACUGCUGCAGAGUAAAUAUGAGAGCUACAUGCAGACUGGCUGUACGUCUCUGAAGCUCAUCAUGAAACAUUUCUGGAUGUUGAUCUCAGACACGUUAAAGGCGUCGCCGUGUGUCGGAGUCGACAUCACACGAGAGGAGCGACACCAGAAGUGCAGAGCGUGCUGUAAGCAGCUGAAGAACCUCAGCAACAUCGUGAAGAACAAGGCGGCGCAGGUCGGUCGCCACGGCAGCGCCUUCAAAGAGCUGCAGCUGCUCAUGGCUCCGCUCGACGACUCGCUCUGAGGACGGAUCAGCUGAUCUGACGCAGACACUACACACGCACAUACACCUGCAGACGCCUCAGUCACACAGAGUGUUAAUGAAAGUGUUAUUUAAAGAUGGCCGCCUUCCUCAGAUCGACACUUGCAGGAAAAUCUUUGUCUUCCUCAGAAUCAGAGGAGGGACAUCAGCUGUCAAUCAACAUGCUCACUGACACAGACUGAAAUAAAACAGCGAGCAGCUUCAUCUCUGCUGUUGAAGACACUUCUUUAAAGUUCAACAGCUGCACGGCUCAGAGACAAAGACAGAGACAAACAGACUUGAGUGAAUUAUCUCAGUGAAACGGAGACGACAGCGUCUGAGGUUCAGCUGUAGAAAAUGUUUUCCCUCCCUCACAGACUUAAACAGGCUCUGCUCAAGUCAAAGGAGCCGAUCGUUACCACUCUCAUGUCUGUGUUCAAUCUGAAGCUGGAGUCAGGUGGUUAGCUUAGUUUAGUACAAAGACUGGAAACCACUAGCCUAGCUCUGUCCAAAGGUAACUAAACUAGCUGUUUCCAGUCUCUAUGCUAAGCUAAGCUAAUCGACUGCAGCUUUGUAUUCAGCGUCCAGACAUGAGAGUGGUACGGUGGCCCUGAGAGCUCAACACGUUGCAACUUAAGAAAACACAUACAGAGACACAAACGCUACAAAAUCAAUGCUUUUAACGUCAAAGGUCACAGUGGGGCAUUGAACAACAAGCCAGGUUCAUCACUUUUAAGUGUCCCCUGGAAACACUUCCUGGUGUGCUGUAUUUGCAGCUCAUGUGUUGUCAAGUCGAUGAAGAUGUUUUCUGUAUUUGCAGUGUGUUUGUGUCUUUGCAUGUGUUUUUUUAAGUUGCAGUGCGUUGAGCUUUCAGGGCCACCGUACGAAACAGUUUGACUGGCUCUGUCCAAAGGUAACAAAACUAGCUGUUUCCAGUCUUUAUGCUGAGCCAAGCUAAUCAGAUUUAGCUUCAUAUUUAGCAUCUAGACGUGAGAGUGGGAUCAGUCUUCUCAUUUAACUCUACAAGAAGCAGAUGAGUGUAUUUCCUGAAACAUGGAACUACUUCUUUAAGGUUGACUGAGCUCAAACAACUGCAGAGAGACAGAGGACCAAUCAGAGCAGAGCUUUACAAUCAGACAUGUUGAGAGGCGAUGGCCUUGUUUUGUGCCUGUGUACCUGAGGAGGAGCUCAGGUUGUUGUUGAUUCCUUUGAUUGACUUUAAUAAUCGUUCAUAAUGAACACCUGAGGUCAGGUGAUCAGACACCUGAGGACACAACACAUACAAAUAGUUCAGAUGAUCGACACGUUUAGUCCUUCACAGACACUGAAGAAGUCUCUGAGAUGAUCCAGUGUUUUCACUCUUUUUCUACUUAGAACCACAAUUUUAAAUGUACUGUUCAUAUUGGUUAUUUAAAUAAAGAUUAACUGAACUGUC